AGCGUCGGAGAAGCAGGAAAGCAUAUCCAAAGACGAAGGGCUUGCAUUCAGAAGAAGAAUCGAGCCCUGCUGGGGAUUUUUUCUUUUUUUUUUUUUUGGUCUUGGUUGUGCGGACGGAGGAAGAGGAGGUUUUGCGGCCCAGUCGAACUUGAGGCAACGCGAAGGACCCUUCAGGCGGCGCCGAGGGCAGCCCCGCAGCCGGGGCCUGGUGCAGCCGCCGCGGCCGCUGUCAGGGAAGCGCAGGCGGCCAAUGGAACCCGGGAGCGGCCGCUGCUGCUGAGGCGGCGGUGUCGGCAGCCCGACCCCGACCGCCCGCACUCCCUCCGCGGGGGUCCCCCGGAGGAUCAGCUAAACCUUGAACUAAGAAGAAAAUGUGUUGGGAGGAAGGGGAGCCUCAGCUCUCUCAGGCUUUUCUGGACAGAGGGUGUUUCUGAAGGAUGGAGCAAGUUUUGAAGUCCCUAUCAGAUUACACUUUGUUGACUACUCAGGAUCAGCCACUAGGAGGGAUGAACAAGCCUGCAUGGGAACUGAAUGAGCUUGGAAGCUCCAAGUCUGGCUGUGGCCAUGGGAGACACAGUAGUGGAGCCUGCCUCCCUGAAGCCAACUUCUGAGCCCACUCCUGGCCCACCAGGGAAUAAUGGGGGCUCCUUGCUAAGCGUCAUCACGGAGGGGGUUGGGGAACUAUCAGUGAUUGAUCCUGAGGUGGCCCAGAAGGCCUGCCAGGAGGUGCUGGAGAAAGUCAAGCUUUUGCAUGGAGGCGUGGCCGUCUCUAGCAGAGACACCCCACUGGAGUUGGUCAAUGGGGAUGGUGUGGACAGUGAGAUCCGUUGCCUGGACGAUCCACCUGCCCAGAUAAGGGAGGAGGAAGAUGAGAUGGGGGCCACUGUGGCCUCAGGCACAGCCAAGGGAGCAAGAAGACGGCGGCAGAACAACUCAGCCAAACAGUCUUGGCUGCUGAGGCUGUUUGAAUCAAAACUAUUUGACAUCUCUAUGGCCAUUUCAUACCUGUAUAACUCCAAGGAGCCUGGAGUGCAGGCCUAUAUCGGCAACCGGCUCUUCUGCUUUCGCAAUGAGGAUGUGGACUUCUAUCUGCCCCAGUUGCUUAACAUGUACAUCCAUAUGGAUGAGGACGUGGGUGAUGCCAUCAAGCCCUAUAUAGUCCACCGUUGCCGCCAGAGCAUUAACUUUUCCCUCCAGUGUGCCCUGUUGCUCGGGGCCUACUCUUCAGACAUGCACAUUUCCACUCAACGACACUCCCGUGGGACCAAGCUACGGAAGCUGAUCCUCUCAGAUGAGCUGAAGCCAGCUCACCGAAAGAGGGAGCUGCCCUCCUUGAGCCCAGCCCCUGACACAGGGCUGUCUCCCUCCAAAAGGACUCACCAGCGCUCUAAGUCAGAUGCCACCGCCAGCAUAAGUCUCAGCAGCAACCUGAAACGAACAGCCAGCAACCCUAAAGUGGAGAAUGAGGAUGAGGAGCUCUCCUCCAGCACCGAGAGUAUUGAUAAUUCAUUCAGUUCCCCCGUGAGACUGGCUCCUGAGCGAGAAUUCAUCAAGUCCCUGAUGGCGAUUGGCAAGCGGCUGGCCACGCUCCCCACCAAGGAGCAGAAAACACAGCGGCUGAUCUCAGAGCUCUCCCUGCUCAACCAUAAGCUCCCUGCCCGAGUCUGGCUGCCCACUGCCGGCUUUGACCACCACGUGGUCCGUGUGCCCCACACCCAGGCUGUUGUCCUCAACUCCAAGGACAAGGCUCCUUAUCUGAUCUAUGUGGAAGUCCUUGAAUGUGAAAACUUCGACACCACCAGUGUCCCCGCCCGGAUCCCUGAGAACCGAAUUCGGAGCACACGGUCUGUAGAGAACCUGCCUGAAUGCGGUAUCACUCACGAGCAGCGGGCAGGCAGCUUCAGCACUGUGCCCAACUAUGACAAUGAUGAUGAGGCCUGGUCAGUGGAUGACAUAGGCGAGCUGCAGGUGGAGCUCCCUGAAGUGCACACCAACAGCUGUGACAACAUCUCUCAGUUCUCCGUGGACAGCAUCACCAGCCAGGAGAGCAAGGAGCCUGUGUUCAUUGCAGCAGGGGACAUUCGACGGCGCCUUUCGGAGCAGCUGGCUCACACCCCCACAGCCUUCAAACGAGACCCAGAAGACCCUUCUGCAGUUGCUCUCAAAGAGCCCUGGCAGGAGAAAGUGCGGCGGAUCAGAGAGGGCUCCCCAUAUGGCCAUCUCCCCAAUUGGCGGCUCCUGUCAGUCAUUGUCAAGUGUGGGGAUGACCUUCGGCAGGAGCUCCUGGCCUUCCAGGUGCUGAAGCAACUGCAGUCCAUUUGGGAACAGGAGCGAGUGCCCCUGUGGAUCAAGCCAUACAAGAUUCUUGUGAUUUCGGCCGACAGUGGCAUGAUUGAGCCAGUGGUCAAUGCUGUGUCCAUCCACCAGGUGAAGAAACAGUCACAGCUCUCCUUGCUCGACUACUUCCUGCAGGAGCAUGGCAGUUACACCACCGAGGCAUUCCUCAGUGCCCAGCGCAAUUUUGUGCAAAGUUGCGCUGGCUACUGCUUGGUCUGCUACCUGCUGCAAGUCAAGGACAGGCACAACGGGAACAUCCUUUUGGACGCAGAAGGCCACAUCAUCCACAUCGACUUUGGCUUCAUCCUGUCCAGCUCACCCCGAAACCUGGGCUUUGAGACGUCAGCCUUUAAGCUGACCACCGAGUUUGUGGACGUGAUGGGCGGCCUAGAUGGUGACAUGUUCAACUACUACAAGAUGUUGAUGCUGCAGGGGCUGAUCGCUGCUCGGAAACACAUGGAUAAGGUGGUGCAGAUCGUGGAGAUCAUGCAGCAAGGUUGUCGCUGUUGCUCAGGAGCAUUCCCGUCUGGCCCCGUGAUGACGGUGGCCCAGGUCAUCUGUUCUCAGCUUCCUUGCUUCCACGGCUCCAGCACCAUCCGCAACCUCAAAGAGAGGUUCCACAUGAGCAUGACUGAGGAGCAGCUCCAGCUGCUGGUGGAGCAGAUGGUAGACGGCAGCAUGCGGUCUAUCACCACCAAACUCUAUGACGGCUUCCAGUACCUCACCAACGGCAUCAUGUGACACCCUCCUUCUCAGACCCCAGAGUGGUGGGGGAUUCAGGAGACCUUCUCUCAGAGGGCCCUUGUCAGGGAAAACCCAAACCAAGCUACCCCACCCAUCCACCCAUCCACUUGGGAAGUGGAAGGCAAGAAAUACAAAGGAUCAUGUGGUAACUGUAGAGCUUGCCAGCGGGGUGGGAGAGCCAGCCAUGGGGUUCAGACUUGCUGGGGCUUCCCUUCCCGUCCCCUCCCCCAACCAGCUGUGUCAGUAUUACCACCUGACGGACUCCAGGACUCACUGCCCUCCAGAGAACAGGUGAUAAAUGUGAGGGACACUGGGGCCUUUUUUCUCACCAGGGUCCAAGAGGUUCUUUCCACAGGCCAUCCUCUUAAUCUGUUCUGGGUCCCAGGAAAGGGGGAAGAGUAGGUUCUUGGUACUUAGGACUUGAUCCUGUGGUUGGCCUUUGGCCAUGCUGCUGCCCAACUCUGUCCCUUCCCAGGGACUGACCCCUAGCCUGAGUUCCCCUUGGUAGGUGGGCUCUGGUAUAGGGUCCUGCACUUGCUGAGGUUCCCCAUCACAGAGGCAGGAAGGGAAUUAUCACAACUCCUCCAGUGUGUGUGAGGGUACUGGCCUAGCCGCGGGGAAUUCCUUGCCCUGAUCCCUUCCCCACACCCAGGGAAAUAGCUCUCAACUUUUUAUUCUUAAUUUUUGUUUGAAAUAAAGUCCUUAGUUAGCCAUC